AUGCAAGUCAAUUGGCGGCUUGAAGACCUUACCAAAUGGGUCAUUGACGACGAUCCAAACCUACGCCUGACCUUUGCUCAUAUCGAGGGGCCUCCAGGCUCAGGCAAGGCAAUCAAACUACCAAGGCGAAUCCUCGAUUCGCGUCGAAUUCUUGAUCAUCGCCGUACCACUAUUAUUCAGGUUCUUCCCGGCUUCAAGAGGAAUGCAGUGGUCCAAGGUCAAGGGUCUUGGUCACCGGACCAUAAACUCGAGAAAGAUCAACAUCAACCUGAGCUGAAGGCUCAAACAUACCAGGAAACAUUAGAAUAUCUCAAGAUCGGCUACCGGGAAGGGAGAUAG